CUUAGUAAUGCCAUAUAUAUUACUACUAUGAAUAAUACAACUACUAAGAAUAGUAACAUAACUCUUAAACUAGUAUAUCUUACUUAUUGAUUUUGUGAAGUUCAAUGUUUCAAUUGUUCAAUUAUCAAUUUUUUAUAAUCCAUUUUCAAAUAUUCUCUGAUCAAGUUCUCAUGUAUUCAAUGAUACGUUUACUAUGCAUACUGAUUAUAUUUCUAUUACAUAUGAUUGUUUUAAUUGAUAGUGAAUUAUUAAAUCAUAAAAAAGCGGUAAUACGUAUUAUAAGAAAUUUAAAAUAUUCUAAUCAUGAAUCAAGUAUUACGCAUAAUUUAUUACAGAGUCAACAUUAUCAGUGUAUACCAAUGUUUAAAGAUAUACAUGAAUUAACUAGAAAAUCGGAAUUAAUCAUUGCUGGACGUUUAAAAUAUCAUGAUAAGAAUGUGAAUUAUAAUCAAGUAAACAAUAAUUACUACUUUAAUAUAACAGUAAUAAUAACUAUAAGAUAUAAAACUGAUUAUCCAAUUGAUAAUCAAAUUACUAUUGGCCCAAUUUUUAUACCAAAUGAUAAACAUAAAAGUGGUAAAGGUUGUUUAUCUGUAUUCUAUGGAAAUGCAAAAUAUAUAUUUUUCUUAAAAAAAUAUCCUGAUUAUUCAAAUUAUUAUGAACCAUUAUGUGAAGCAAUUGAAUAUUCUGAAUAUACAGAAAAAAAGAUUUAUACACAUUAUUGUCCAAAUUGUGUUAAACCAAUGAUUGAAUCAAUCCCUAAUCAAGUAUCAGAAUAUGGAUAUGCUGUGACAGUUAGUUGCAUUGCAACUGGUACACCAACACCAAACAUUAUUUGGAUAAGAGACGGAAAAUCUUUGAAUCUAGCAGACAAGAGUUUACGUAUUGAAACAUUUGAACGUUCAUUGGGGAAUGUGGAGUCCAUACUGGAGAUACACAAUUUAAUACUAAUUGAUACUGGGGAAUAUUGGUGUUAUGCUGAGAACGCAUUAGGCAUAGCUAAACAAAAGUUUCUUCUGAAAGUGAAGCAGAGUAAUAGUACAAAGGAAAAAGCCAUGACUGAUGAACUGAUACCUUGUUCAGAUGAACAUAAAGAUUAUUGUCUCAAUGGUGGACAGUGCUACACUUACAAAAAUGAAAGGGUGUCGUUUCAAUGCAGGUGUGCUGAUCAAUAUUUUGGUGAUCGUUGCCAUUUUCAUAUUGAUGGCUUAUUAGCGUUUGCUGAAUCUCGUGAAAAUGACCUACAAUCUAUGCUGCAUGAAUUAGCUACAACACUGACAUUACGUGGUAUAUUUUUUACACUCUUUGGUGCAUCCAUCAGUGUAUUGACGUUCUAUGGAAUAUGGAAAUGUCAACAAAGAAGCAUGCAGCGUAAACAUUUAAAAAAACGCAGUCGAUCAGGAUUCAAAGGAAAUUCUCAAACUAAAAUCUCACAGUCUGUCAAUUCAAUGCCAAGAAGUAAAGUGUUGAGCAUAAGAAAUAACGGCACUGAACCCUUUUUAAUAACUGACUAUUCUACAAGAGAUCAGAAAAAUGAUUCAAUCUCUAUACCGGAAGACUAUUAUCUUGGACAGAACAGCAGUAAUAACUGUCUUCUUCCAACAUCGAAUUUAUUCAAUAAUGGAUGUUAUGAAAAUCGUUCACAGAAUUGUAUGGGUGUAUCAGUUGACUUGAAUCCGACUUCAUCAACAAAUCAAGUUUUUUCGGUGACUUCACAACAGUCACAUGAACAGAUAAAAGAUGGAUUACCGAUUGGCUAUCGGCCUUCAUCAUCAUUAGAUCCAUGUAAUGAUAUGAUUCAUAAAUUUGGUAAUGAUAUGAAAUUUCUCAAUCGACCGAUUACAACAGAUUGGCAUACACGUAGAUAUACAUCUCAAAAAGUAGCAUCUACACGAGAUAGAUUACCAGUAUUAGCAGAGAAUUCAAAUAUAGAAUUGAAUAUUGAAAGAUAUCCAAAUUAUACCAAUUCAAUGAAUCGACUAGAGAGAUUAAAUUGUGACAGAGAAUUACCACUGAAUUUGAUAUCAUCAUCAUCAUCGUUUAUACAACCUGAUGCAUAGUUGUAUUAUCAGUUAUACAGAGCUUCAUAACCAUUCCUUUUAAUUUGUGCAUAGGCAUCACACUUCUAUUGUUGCUGUUACUAUUACUACCACUACUACCCACACUACUACCAAUACUACUACUACUACUACCCACACUACUACCAAUACUGCUACUACUACCCACACUACUACCAAUACUGCUACUACUACCCACACUACUACCAAUACUGCUACUACUACCCACACUACUACCAAUACUGCUACUACUACCCACACUACUACCAAUACUGCUACUACUACCCACACUACUACCAAUACUGCUACUACUACCCACACUACUACCAAUACUGCUACUACUACCCACACUACUACCAAUACUACUACUACUACUACCCACACUACUACCAAUACUGCUACUACUACCCACACUACUACCAAUACUGCUACUACUACUACUACCCACACUACUACCAGUACUACUACUACCCACACUACUACCAAUACUGCUACUACUACUACUACCCACACUACUACCAAUACUACUACCACUACUACCCACACUACUACCAAUACUACUACUACAAUGACUAGGAUUACUGUAAUCAAAGUGCCACAACGCAAUAUAUUUCAUUUCAUACAGUUAUCAUUAAGUCAUCUGGCUUUAUGGUGAUUAUAUAAGAAUCCAAGUCUGUUUUAUUCUGGGGGUAGUUGAAAACACCAAAAGCAUUUCGUUUUCACUUUCCUUUUGUUUACGGAAAAUUUUUGUUCUAAUUUUUUCUUCUUUUGUAUACAAAACUUUUCAAAGAAGAAGUGUGAUUCUAUGCGUAUAUAUAAGAGAUAGAAGUUCAUAUGUGUAUUGGUGAAUAAUUAUGUCUAAAGCUUCUUCUUUGUGUUUUAUACAUAAGCAUCCAUCAUUUAAUCCUGUUCUGUAUAUAAAUGUACUAAUUAACUGUAAUGUAAAUGUGUGUAGCUAGUUGUGUAUACAUGUGCAUCAGUGUGACUUAUUGAGUGAAUCAAUGAAUGAAUGAAUGAGUGAAGAAGAGUUGAAAUGAGGUAGAGAAGCACGCUAUAUAAACAGUUUAAGUUCGUUUUCUUGUCUCGUCUUCAUUUAUUCAACUGAACUCAAUCAAACUAAACAGCUUACUACAGACAAAUGAAUUCCUUUGUUAUUUUCUUUUUAGUCAUUUCACCAAGAUUUUAUCAAAAUACAAUAGUUGACAUC